UUUUUUAUUUCUUCAUUCAAUAAGAAUGAGGUUGUAUGAACCUCCUCCAUUGCCACCUUAUUCUGAAGAAAAGUGUGUUGCAGAACUCGAUCGUAUAUUAAAGAGCUCUUCCAAAGUAGCUGUCUUAUUAAAAGGUAUUCAGGCACUCAACAAGGAUGCACUAAGAAGAGGCAUUACUUGCAGACCUUGUUUAGGCACAAAUCAAGAGUCUCGUAUGGGGUAUUAUGAUGCAAGGUAUAAAAGAGUCGUUUUAUGCUGUGAUUAUAUUCGUUCCAGGGAUGAUUUAGAAGACACACUGGUACAUGAAUUGACACAUGCUUUCGACUCACUAAGAAAAGGCAAUUUCAAGAGUAUUUGUCAUUUAGUUGCAUGUGGAGAAAUAAGAGCAAGUGCAUUAGGCCAAUGUGCUGAUAUGACACCCGAAAGAAAAAAGAAGGAAUGUAUUUGGAACGAUGCUGUUAGAUCAACUGAACUUCACUGUGGGUUAGAGAAAGCAAAAGCUUCAGUCAAUGAAGUUUAUGAGAACUGUGUUCAUGAUGAAGCACCUUUUAAAUAAACAAGAGUCACACGCGCGUAUUUAUUUCAACUUGCGAUUGAAGCGGGGUAAAAUU